CGAAGCUCUCUCAUAUUCUCAUUUCAACUCAAAGCUCUCCACUUUCUGACGCCAGAACAUUGGUAAAAGACAAUGGGGCUUUCCUGACUCGGACUUGAAUGCCGAGUUUCCUCCUUACCUUCCUGACAUACCUAGGCACGUACGCAAACCGCCCGCCCAACGCGUUACAGGCGGGGGCACAGCAGCCAAGGUCAAAAAGCACCGGCGUACAGGAAGAACUGAGCAGGGGUUCCUCGACGGUAUUCCGUGCUUGAAUGCUUUUUCUUAAUUAGGUAGUCUGGACAAGGCCCAUCAGGGGGUGUCGGCUCCGAUUCCCGCUCCUUUAAAGUCGUUUCGGUCUCCUGUUCCCUGAUCUUCCUUUUCCCCCUCCGACGGGACUGAUCCGAGCAAAGUCGUAAGCAAGCCGUAGCCCAGCUCUUUGUUCUAGUCCAAUUGCGUACGUCCCGUCCGACAAAGACAUCGGCUUACCUCCCGAGGUGUGAAUGACGCAUAGGCGCACAUGCACGUUCCCCUAACGCGGUUCCAGCUCCCUCUCCGCACAUUGGCGAAGCAGGGGAGAAUGCCCCUCCAUAACCUUAGCAACCCCUCAUCAGCUCGGGUAUCUCUCAUCUCAAGACACCUGCGACCAUCGGAACCUGCAACUGCUAUAUCAACAGCUACACGACCGGUUACCACCAUGUCUUCCCAACCACCUCACCCGACCCUCCUCAUCCCGGGGCCCAUCGAGUUCGAUGAUGCCGUCCUCCAGGCAAUGAGCCACUACAGUGAGAGCCACGUCGGUCCCGGUUUCGUAAACACCUUUGGUGAGGCCCUAUCGAUGCUGCGCCAGCUCUUCCAGACCAAGGACCCUCAAGCGCAGCCGUUUGUCAUUUCGGGCUCCGGUACCCUCGGCUGGGACCUCGUCGCCGCCAACCUCGUCGAGGCUGGCGAGGAUGUCCUCGUCCUGGCCACCGGCUACUUCAGCAACGGCUUCACCGACUGCUUCAAGACCUACGGCGGCAACGUCACCGAGCUGAGGGCCCCUGUCGGCUCGCGCCCCCAGCUCCCCGAGAUCGAGAAGGCCCUGUCCGAGAAGAAGUACAAGGUCCUGACCGUCACCCACGUCGACACGUCAACCGCCGUCCUGAGCGAACUCAAGGAGCUGACUGCCUUGGUCAAGCGAGUGUCCCCCGAGACCCUGGUCAUCGUCGACGGCGUCUGCAGUGUCGGCGUCGAGGAAAUUCGGUUUGACGAAUGGAAGCUAGACGGCGUCAUCACGGCCAGCCAGAAGGCCAUUGGCGUCCCCGCUGGUCUGUCGAUAUCCAUGUUCAGCGGUGCCGCCAUGAAGUCGUUUGCCCAGCGCAAGACGCCCCCAGCGUCGUACUUUGGAUCCUUCAAGAACUGGACUCCUAUCAUGCAAAACUAUGAGGCGAAGAAGCCCUCCUACUUCGCGACGCCCUCUCCCCAGCUGAUCCACGCCCUCCACACCGGCCUCACCCAAAUCCUCGCCAAGCCCCUGUCUGAGCGAUUCGACAAGCACAAGGAGGUAUCCGACAAGGUCAAGAAGGCCGUCGCGGACCUGGGUCUCAAGCAGGUCGCCGCGAAGCCCGAGGACCAGGCCCACGGCAUGACGGCUAUCUAUCUGCCCGAGAGCGUCAAGGCCGCCGAGCUGCUGCCCAGCCUGGCCAAGAAGGGCAUCGUUUUCGCCGGCGGCAUCCACAAGGAAAUUGCGCCCAAGUACAUUCGUUUCGGACAUAUGGGCGUCAGUGUGACGGACCCCAACCGGAAGGACAUCGACAAUGCCAUCAAGGCCCUUCAAGAUAGUCUUUUUGAGGUUGGCUACCAGAAGCCGUAGAUACAGCGUCGUGUUUGAGUUGUGCAGUCUGCCCAUAUUAGAUCUGGCCUGGCAGUUUGGAAGAAAGAGACAGUUCAACUUAAAACGUUCAAUUAUGAGGACAGCCUGAAAAGUCAGUGAAACAGCUCAAGAUAACGAUGAAUCGACCAUCAGGUCGCACCGGGUUCAAGAUGGCUAAUCCACAUUCACUCCAUCAGGAGCAGGAAUGCGUGGAUGGCCACGCAGUGCGUAUGCGAUGUGAUGUGUAAGCUUCUGGCCAUCCGUCAGCCGAUAAGCAGAUAGGUCACACUGAAAGGAUUUGGGAUGAUGCCUGCAUGGGCCAGAGGCUUAGUCGGAAUCUUCGGCCUGGUUACUUCCGGUGAUGCUCCGAGUCCAAAACAACGUAGUUGAAAGAGAUGACGGGUGCGAUACGUUGUUGGCGCAGUUCCAACCCGACUGCCAACCGCCGGGCAGUUUCAUAAACAAUUCGUUCUCGGAAGGUGUUCAGUCACUGUACUGCCUACUGUAGAUGUAGGAUGAGAGGGGGGCCUGGAAAGGCUGGAAAGUCUGGGUUGGCAAUGUAUCAGUACCUCUUGGGGAGCUCUCUCCUCCGUCUAGUCCUUUCCAGCAACUGAGCGAAACUACGACAGAUUCCGAUGCUGUACAGAUACUACAUUCCAAUUCGUCGGCGCUUCGAAUGGGCCAUACGGUAGGUACACCAUGGUGAGGGGCGGAGGUGAG